UGGCGCCGCCAAACCUCAAUUAAAGUCGGGCUUCAUAUUCACAAGAGUAGAGCUUGGGGGCCCUGGCCAGUAAUGGAGAAAGUGACCGUGAUGUGAAAGAUUUUGAAAUUCCUUCGCUACUCCGUAGAUUUGUAGGCUGGCUCGGAAUCAUGGAAGACGUGUUCCAAAACGGGAAUUAUCAGAGGGAGGCGAACGCGAAUAUGACCACAACAGUAACUCAGAAAGAGGAUUCAUUAUUUGAUCACAUGGAGAUCUCAAUAGCUGAGGCUGAAAAACGAGCUAACGGAGCAUUGAAUUUAAGAGAAUUUUAUACAGUCUACCUCAUUGAGACUAAAGUUACUGAUCCUGAUUUUAAAGGUGCGCUCACUAAAGUAAGUUCUUUGUGGCGUCGAUACACAGAAUUUGAACUGCUUCGAGCUUAUUUAGAAAUUUCUUAUCCUUAUAUUGUACUGCCUCCAUUACCAGAAAAAAAAGUAUUAUAUGCGUGGCAAAAAGUUACUACUGAUACAUUUGAUCCAGACUUUGUUGACCGGCGUAGAGCAGGUCUUGAGAAUUUCCUUUUGAGGGUAGCUUCGCAUCCUAUACUGUCUCGUGAUGAGCAUUUUAUGGGGUUUCUACAACAGAAGGAUGGCUGGAGGGAAAGCAUUAAAGAGUCUGGAUACUUACAGUUAGCAGAAUCAAAACUAAAAGCACUGAGUGUAGCAGUGCGAUUAAGGAAACCAGACAAACGUUUUGAAACAAUAAAAAACUAUGGAAUUGAACUUCAGAAUAAUUUGUGCAAUCUUCUCCGUGUACGAGCGCGAUUAGUAGAAAAGCAAUACACUUUGUACAAACUACAUGCAAACUAUGGUCGUGUGUUCAGUGAAUGGAGUGCCAUAGAGAGGGAUAUGGGUGAUGGAUUACAGAAAUCGGGCCACUAUCUGGACUCUCUAGCAGCAAUGAUAGACACAAUUCUUGAAGAGGAAGAAUUAAUAGCAGAUCAACUAAAAGAAUGGUUGUUUGGCGCGUCCGCGCUACAAGCAGUAGUUAGACGAAGGGAAGCUUUACAGUUAUCUAAAGAUGAAGCUCAUGAUGCCUUAACUACUGCAGUUGACCAAAAAGAAAAAGUCAUGCAAGGUAAAUCAGGCUUAAUGUCACGAUUAUUUGGUUCCGUGGAUACGGAGGAAGUUCGUGAAUUAAAAAUACUGCAGCUAGAGCAAAGAAUUGCACAGCACGAAGAAGUUGUCAAACAAGUAGAUGAAGAUCUAAAGUCUUUCUCCAUUAAAGCAAUGAUGGACAUAGAGAGAUUUCAACAUCAAAAAGUGGUGGACUUAAAGGAAAUUCUGGCAACUUAUUGCAUAUUGCAAUUCAAGCUUGCUAGAAAGGGACUCCAAGCUUGGCAGCAUAUCAAAGGCUGCCUCGAAAGUAUGCCAUAAGAGUCUUUUCUUAUUUUAGCUGACAAAGAACAAUAACUGUUCUCACAUCUCUCGCGCGAUAUACAUUCCUAUAUUUGUAAACUCACUCGUAAUGUACGCUUAUUACUACAUGAAUGUACAAGAUUGUUUCUAUUAUUUAAUGUUAGAUUAGAUGAUAUUAUUUAUAUAUACAUAUAUAUAUAUAUACACA